GCGCCCGUCCUGCCGAAUAGGCAAGCCGGCACCUCAGUGGUAAACUCCAGGAUCAGAACUGUUGGACGAGCAUCUUUGCCUGUGCAAAAUGGCGCUGACUUCUUUUGCUGUUGCCUUCGUGUUCUUGGCGCUUGCCUCCGCUAACGAUCCUGAAUGUGCGACUUCCACCGCCGUUAACGGACAGCACGGCCACUGCGUCACCGUGGAGUCCUGUCCGUACGGCUACUACGUCAGCGGCAAGUGUCCUUCCUACGGCGACGAAGUCAAGUGCUGUUACAGCUGUCAUUACGGAGGAUGCCAGACCAACUCAAGUAUCGACAACGGGGCAGGACCGUGGUCGUCAUUGGGAGAAGAUAACUAUACAGCCCCGUAUGGUGACGUUCGUGCCACCUGGUUGAGCCGCUACGAGCACGCUAACACGCAGUUUGAACUGGCUGUCUCGUUCGCCCAGCUCAAGGCAAAAGGCAUCAACCGUGUCUAUCUCAAUGUAUGGGCCGACGGCCAGAUCUACUUCCACUCCCCGACCUUCGAGUCUCUGGGGAUCCGUGGGUUUGUGAGGGACGUGCUGGGCUGGGCUGUAGAGGAGGGACUGAAGAGGGGGAUAGAGGUAUGGGCGUGGUUUGAGUAUGGCCUCAUAGCUACCUGGGGUGACAGCCCCACUAUGACCUUCUUCUCCAGCACUGUGUAUAACAUGGGCUGGAUGAAGGGAGAGGCAAAGGGCUACUGGUGGAUGGAUGCUGGCAACUUUGAGGUCCUGGACUUUGUUGCUGGAAUGAUGCAGGAUGCAUUUGACAACUACCCUGGGUUGGGUGGUGUUCAGAUAGACGAGCAUUUUGGCCAACCGUACCAGCUUGGAAGUGACCUGGUGGUAACAAUGAAUGAUGCUGCAAACUACAUCCUAGAACGUGUGUCUGGGAAGGUGUCGCUGGCACCGGUUUCACCUCCUCAAUCAUCAUUGCUGAACUACAACAUGGACUGGGGUCGUUGGGCAAAGGACGACAUCGGCUUCCAUGAAUAUGUGCCAAAGAUCUACCGUGAUACAGCCUCGUCCUUUGACUACGACCUGAGCCAAAUCAUUGAAGAAGUUGGAAAGGACAAGCUGGUGCCCGGGAUCCGGUGCAUUGGCUCGGGUGCGAACACCCCGUAUGACGUGCUGAGUGACAUGAUGACCCGCUGUGAGGCUGAGGGGCUGGGACACAGCAUCUGGUACUCCAAAUGUUUCACUCAACUCUACCCAGACCAUGUGCAUGGUAAUUGAUGCACACUAGCAACCAUUUCAAAGUGCAAACAGAGAAAAAUAAAAAAGAGAAUCCUU